UAUUGUGAAAUGCGUGAAUGUUGAGCGGAUGUGACGACGUUACUUUCGGUUUGACCCGCUUUAAUAGGUAAAGAAUCAAAGUCACCAGGAGUGAACUGUGAACAUUGCUGCUUGAGUCAUCAACAGUAUCAUUUAACAGUGAAAGCAGUGGACCACCUUUUGAUGGAUUUCCCAGUGGAGGCAACGGUACAUUUGAACAUUUUCCCCAAUGAGGCGCAGGUGCGAAAGGUCCUCAGGUCACAUGGCUUUGAGCUGACAGACCUGAACAGCGAUCAGGUGCGUGUCAAGGGGUCAUUUUUGAAACUAAGAGCUGCAAAGGCCGUCUUGGAGCCACUUGUUAGCUCACAAACUAAGAUGGACAUCACACCCUCCUCAUCCUCACCUGUCCCGGAGGCUUACUCCGGAGCCAUUUCUAAACACUACUACAGAUCAGAUGGUAACAGAAGCCGAUUAGGAUCACAAAACAAGGCUCUGCAUACUGGCUCUGGCUCCUCCAACGGCCAUCCAACAUCUCCACAGUACAGCUCCUCUAUUUCCCCAAGACAAGGCCAGCACUGCUCAUUAAGUGCAGGUAAAGAGUCCUUUGUCAUUGAUGCAGAUGUGUUUGAUUACGCAAAGCAGCUCAGGAAUAAAGACAUUCACAGCAUUCUGGAGAUCCAUAAUGUUAGAAUGAAGGUUCGUCCAGUUUGCGAUAGCUACAGCCUCACUUUACAGGGGAAAAGCGUGUGGAUCGCAGUCGAUAAACUACAGAGUCUCCUGAUUGAUCUUAGCAAAUCACUUCGCACACAGGAAGUUCCUCUGAAGGGCGUGAGUCAGGACGGCAAGGCACUUUUAGAGCGAAUUCAGACCAACAGAAACGUUUACAAUUCAGUGCUCGUCUGUCCAAAGAAUGACAGACUUCACCUCAUUGGGCCGUCAGGUGAGAGCUACGAGUUAAAACAGACGCUGCUGGGGAGGCCAGUUUACCAGUCAGGACGCACAGGACGAACACUGGACAAAAACUCCAGGAGGAGGAGCAGCUCUCUGCCACCAAUCCAUCAAAAGAACACAGAAAGAGAUCAUGGUGCUGUCGCUAAUUCUUCUCCUGCCAAAGCUGCAGGUUACUCUCCUGAAAAGUACCAGGAUGUUAACCAGAAAACUACUGAAGCUAAGCGGGGAGCUGCUGAUCUUCAGGGGCUGUUCAGAAUAAGAAGCCAGUCUGAGCCCCGCAAAAAAACAGUAGAAAGGACUAAUGGCAACAUGCAAGAUGUGGAAGACAAUCGGACCCCUAAAUCCCCCAAGAAAGGCCUUCCUCAGUUACUAAAAAUUAAUUCAGACAAUAUAAAGCAAAGGUUUAAAAACAUGAGAAGAUGAGCAGUAAGUUUAUGUCUAUGGAGGUAGACAGACAGCACUGACACUAACCAUACCGAUAUUUGAGUUAACAACCUGUCAGCUGUUAGCUGUUUUUUGUACAUAAGUAGACUUAUAUUACCAAACAUUUUUGAUCUGGUUCAUUUAAAUUUGGUUAUUAUGAGAAUAUAUACUGAGUGGAACAUUUUACAGUCAAAAAAAUAAACUUGUCAGUAGUGGUAGUGCAGCUAAGGUUUAUUUUCAUUAUCAAUUAACCUUUUGGACACUUUAACUAUAAAUCAGAAAAGAAUUUUAAAAAAAUGCACAUCAUGAUUUGCUCAAGCAUAAGAUAAAUUGAUUCAUCUGACCUGCCUGUCCACAUAACAUCAGUUAAACGUCAACUCAUUGUAACUCAUUAUUAUAAUAUUUCUGCUCUGUCUGACCACAGUUGCUUCUUAAUUGGUGAAGCAUUUGCUUCUGUUGGUGUUUCCUCUCUACUGGGAUCUUUUUGGGAUUAGGAUCUGAUCUGGAUCAAGACCAAAAUGUUGGACUGGGAACCCGCAAGGAGCCAGCCAACAUGUAUGACCAUACCAGUGUGCUGUAAAGGCUAAUAUUAGCCAAUAAUAUCAGCCAUAUAAAUCUGUUUUGGCUCUUUGUACAAUGUUGACUUUCUUUAAUCACUUCUUUUAAAUGUAAAUUGUUCAAGAAACAACAGAUAAAUCAGUCAGUCAGACUGACAAAUGUGUUUUUGUGGUGGGAUAUCCUGAUUUUUUACUGAUUCCUUUGAUGAAUUUUUAUUCUACCAGGACACAAAUCACCUGUGGACAAUAUUCUUCCAUCCUGAGAACAGUCAGUUGCUUACAACUCUUAACUGGCAUCAGUUGCACAGUUGUAUUUUAUUAUUGCUAGUUGUUUGCACUAUAAAUGUUGAUGACCUGUAAAUUAUUCCACAUCUGUAUACUGGGUGAGCAGAAUAUGAUUCAUGUCAAUGGAAAAACCAAAGGAUAAAUAUGGUAUUUAAGUACACAAAUGUCCAGUAAGAACACAGUGUUCAACAGUGAGGCACCAUGGCUGAUUUGAAGGAUGUUAAUUAAAUGUGAUAAUGGCAACUGAAUGCCACAUCUGGAUGGAGACAGUUACAGAUGAGAGAGGACUUCAUGAGCAGGAAGGGAAGUCUCUGGCAGGCAGCUAAACUCAUGCUGGGAGAGGAAGUACCUGUGGCUGAUGAGCAUCUCACAGGUAAGUAUAUUUACAAGAAGGGUAACUGGAUGUUUGACUGUUGACGUUACACUGUAUAAAACAGACCUUACCUUUUCAAAGGUCAGGUGUUUUGUUUUUCUAACAAAAGUGAUUCGGUCUACUAAUAAAUUCCCUUCACUCAUACUUUUCUAAUCAAUGCUUGAAUGAAUUAAGAGGCCAUUCAAAGGGCUUCUCUGGUGACUUCAACUCUGACUCAGAUGUGUUUCUGUGACAGCAAAAACUAAAACACAAAUCAGUCUGAUGACGCUGAUGCUACAGUGCAGAGUACUGUGGUUUUCCCCCGUAUGUUGUUGUCCUUUGCUAAACCUAAAUCUGAUGGACAUAGUGCUGCAGGAAAUCUGACAGUAAAUUAUUUAGACUUGAGAAUUUCAUCAAUAAAACAUUAUUUUUAGAAUAAAAACAGCAAACUUAAAGGCAAUAGUUUAGCAUCGUUAAUGACGAUUACAUUCUUUUAUUUAAACAUAAUGAAGCUUUUCAUCCAAAGAGGAUGCUUGUCCUUAUCACAGACUCUUCUUAUGAAACUGACAGUGCAGGAGUGGAUUUUAGUCAUCAUGGGGUAAAAAACCCAUCUGACUCAUGAACUGAGCUAAGAAAUAAAUACACACUCCACUGAAACAUGCUGGAGACGUGGGCACCUGGCAAUAAGGGUCAAAGGCUUAUUGCUCUUCUCCUUCAGACACAGUGGAAAUCUCAAUACACUUUGUCAGUUUGAAUCGCUUUAUCCAGUUCAGUUCAAAGAUUCAUUGUAGUCACUGACUGGGUAUACUGUGUCUGCGUACAGGCAGGCUGAGCAGAGGCACACAGGGAAAGGACGAAGCCUGCACUUUGACUGCAUUUACUUAAAAUCUGGAGGGGUGUGCAGUGGUGUGGUUCACUGCCUUGUCCACACCAAGUGCACACAUCCUCUCUCUUCAUUCAUUGUUUAUCACCUUAUUCGACCACCACUGCUCUCAUGUUAAACCUCCAACAAGUGACCAACGUUCAGUUGUGUGUUUACAGAAAUAUUCUGCGUAUCAUGUCUUUACUGGUUAAAGGAUAAAUCAAGCAUGUU